AUGGGCAUCAAAGGCCGAAUCCCGGCGCUUCCGUCGACGAGUUUACCCUCCUUGCGAGAGUUGGCUGUGUUGAGUGCCGCUCAGAUUGGGGCCGCAUUACGCAACUUGCAUGGCCUGUAUUGCCCGUUGCCUACGUCACUGGACUUUCAGACAGCCGGCAAGAGCCACUUGAUAGCCACAGAUUCCGGUUAUGCUUCAGAAGCGGAUGCUGACGAGAAGGAUUCGCCCGACUGCCUGAGAUACGACGAGUUUGAGCGCAAUUUUGCCAAGCGUUGGCUGACAGGAUUCAUUGGCCGUGCUUACGAGCUCUCGCUGGAUGAGAGCGUCUCGGAACGUUUUGUGGAUGAGGCAUGCUCAAUCCUGGCCUUCCUAAGCCACGAAGUUGAGGAUGAACCAGUUGAUGAUGAAGAUCUUGGAAUGACCCGGGAGUUUAUCUUCUCAUUCAAGAAUGAUGGACUCGCAAGUAUCAAUGUUGAGCUGUAUGAUACCCCGAUGCAAACUGGAGAGGACCACACGGAUGUCGGACUUCAAACCUGGGGUGCAUCCAUCGCUCUCUCGGAGAAAAUAUCCAAGGAGCCAGAAUUUUUCCGAUUCACCAACGUCAAUCUCUCGUCAACUAGCCGGAUUGUUGAGCUUGGGGCAGGAACUGGACUUGUCAGCUUGUUCCUGUCAAGACUCAUUCCACACAUCACGGAAGCUCGCCCAGCCAUUAUCGCAACGGAUUAUCAUCCCACUGUAUUGUCAAACCUGGAAGCCAACAUCAACUCGCACAUGUCCAAGACGCCAGAGGCAGCACCGACCCAGGCAUGUCAUCUUGAUUGGUCUGCGCCGUCACGGGUUGCACCUCUCGACGUGCCAGCAGACGUGCUCAUCGCAGCUGACGUGACUUACGCCCCAGAACACGCUUUUUGGCUGCGAGAUUGCGCCAGCUCGCUCCUCAAAGACGAUGGGGUAUUCUGGCUAAUGGUAUCUGUGAGACCAAAUGGAAAGUUUGCCGACAUCAGCGACAAUGUCGAGGUCGCAUUCCGAGACAAGGAGAAAUGCAGGCGGCAAGAUGGCAAGGUGCUAACCAUAUCAUCUGUGCAGCAGGUUGCCAAGAAAGGCGAAGUUGGGCGAGCGGAUGAAAUCGGAUAUAAGCUUUUCGGAAUAGUUUGGUCGUGA